GGAUUAGUGCAACAGUUCAGAGAAGACAACUUCAAACUACAUCAGUUGAACAACAUGGCUGUCUUUACAGCAACUCUUCAAGCUGGUUUAUCUGCUCUCAAAACUCCACUAUGUUAUAAGCCCGAGGAAGAAGUGACCAAGAAUCCUGACUGUCCAGUGUGUAGCAAGCACUUGAAUGAAUUGGCACGGCCCUUACCCUUUGCUCAUUGUGCUAACUCUCGGUUGAUUUGUAACAUCUCCGGCCUACCAUUAAAUGAAAACAAUCCCCCAAUGAUGUUACCCAAUGGUCAUGUCUAUGGCAUGAAUGCGUUGGCUUCAAUGGCAGCAGAAAACGAAGGCAAGGUUGUGUGUCCAAGGACUAAACAGAUUUUUAGUCUAGAUGAAGCUGAGAAAGUAUUUGUCAUGUAACGUCGACACAUAUAGUUUUGUAGGCAUACAUAUGUUCACACAAUGAAAAAUGCAUAUUCACACACUUACACACACACACAUACACAUCCAGACAUGAUAAACAAACAGGAAUAUGUAGUCACAUAUAAAACCCAUGCAUUCACAGAUACACAAGCACACACAUAUACACAUACAUAAUGAAUAUAAUCACACACACACACACACACACACACAUAUACACAAUAAUUAAAUACAUGCAUGCGCUGUCAAAUAUCCUCUCUCUCUCACACACACAUUUAUAUACACCCAAAUGUAUACAAACAUAAAGAUAUGCACACACAUACACACAUACACAUGUGAAAGAGAAUCAUUCUAUUGUCAGGAGACGAGUUUUUUUAGGUGAAAUUUCUUCUCCCAGUUAUAUAUGUUCCACAUCAACCUGGACCAAUGAUGCUGCAAAUCUGACAGAAUACACAACACUUUUGUUCCCCUUCCCCAUCCAUCCCUGGGGUCAGCAUAGGCAGGGUGGGUGUUGGUUAACGCAAAAUCAACCCUGAGCAAGCAGACCCUAUGUAACCGAAUCAAAGGAAACGUUCCAGCCAUGGCCAUCCCUGUUGCUAACAUACAAACUGGCGCUACCUACCUUGCCCACAUUUGAAUCCUCUGGGGGUAGAUGGAUGGUCAAUGUGUACCCCGGUGUAUUACUAGCAGUGGCUCCUACUUACCCUGCCCAACUCCCGUCUCAUGACCUACCCGCUGUCGUUCUCACUGUCAUCCCUGGGUGUUAAGAGAGAAAGGGUGGAUGGUUGGGCAUCUUAUACCGUUGCUGAUAUAUUAAAACCACUAGCAGUGGCACGACAUACCCCUCCAACCACUCCUGAUAUUAAAAAAGGGGUGGAUGACCAUCUUGUAAUUCUUCAUCCACUCCUGAUGUUGAGGGUGGAUGACCAUCUUGUAAUUCUUCAUCCACUCCUGAUGUUGAGGGUGGAUGGUCAUUUUGUGUUGGUGCUGAUGUGAUUUAUAAAGCAACUAGUAAUAGCACUAACUGCCCUUCUCCAGUGACUCUUGGUGUUUACUAGAGUGGAUGGCCAUUUUGUAGUCCUUCAUCCACUGCUGAUAUCAAGAGGGUGGAUGGUCAUUUUGCGCUGGUGCUGAUAUGAUGUAAAAAAAAUAU